AUGGGCCUUUCACACCCAUUAUUGGCUUCUCAGGGGUUUCCAGCAUUGCAUGGCGGAAAUGAUCUGUCUCUGUCCUUAAAGGUGGUUCUGGUGUUUCCCAUACAUGCGAGCAAUGUUAGCGCACACAGCUCGGUUCCGGUUGAAAAUCCCCUGCAGCUGGGAAACUUUGUCACGGUGAGACGGCAUAGUCGCAAGACAAAACAUCACUCAACCGUUCCGAUUAAAGUCUCGAACAGGUUUGCCCCGCUCAGUGACGCACCGACUGAGAAACCUGCUGAAAGUGCCCUAGUGAUCGGUGAUUCUAUUGUCCGGAACGUUAACAUAGAGACACCUGCCACCAUAGUCAAAUGUUUACCGGGAGCCAGAGCGCCUGACAUCAAGUCAAAUUUAAAUGUGCUGGCUAAGACUAAUCGUAAAUACAGUAAGAUUGUUAUUCAUGUCGGCACAAAUGAUGUUAGACUCCGUCAAUCGGAGAUCACUAAAGAUAAUAUUAAAGAGGUGUGUGAGCUCGCAAAAACGAUGUCAGACACUGUAAUAUUCUCUGGCCCCCUUACUUCUUACCGUGGUGAUGAGAUUUAUAGCAGAUUAUCAUCACUAAAUGGCUGGUUGUCUGAGUGGUGCCUGCAGAAUAAUAUAUAUUUUAUAAAUAACUGGAAGAGUUUUGAGGGCAGACCUGACCUGUUGAAACGAGAUGGUCUCCAUCCCUCCUGGGAUGGGGUUUCCCUCCUCUCUAGAAAUUUGGCACACAGUCUUAAUAAUGCUAAAGGCUGACUACCUAGGGCCCAGGUCAGGAAGGAGACGGAAUGGCUUAACCAACUGUCUGCUUGCCGUCUCGCGUUACAGAAUACACAAAAUAUACAACAUGUAAUAAUCCCUUCUUACAAACAACAUCAAAUAGAGACUGUGUCUGUCCCCCGGAUUAGCAAACAUAAGAUAUUGCAUAAACCUCUUGAAAGUAAUUUAAUAAACGUUAAACAAAUCAAACAUGAACAAAAUACAGAUAAUCAACUGUUACGAC